GCUCGGGAUCUCAAGAUUCGCCGGGCCAGCAUCGCAGCAUGAGCGUCAAGAAGCGCGUCCAGAAACAAAUGGAGUUCUACCUCAGCGCCUCCAACCUCCGAAGCGACAAGUUCCUCCAGCAGUCCAUGGACGACGAAGGCUACAUGCCCAUAGACGUCUUCCUCACCUUCAAUCGCAUGAAAGCCAUCGGAGCUACGACGCGUAUCCUCACGGACGCCAUCCGCAAGUCGCCGCUCAUGGUGCUCAGCGACGACGAGGCGUACGUUCGCCCGACCGAGUUGCCCGACUAUGACGACGACGACAGCAUCGAGCGAACCAUCUAUAUUGAAAACUUCUCGGCGGGCUCGGAUCACGACAGUCUCCGCAAGCUCUUCUCGCCCUUUGGCAAGGUCAACCUCGUGAGUAUGCCCCGCUUUCCAGGCUCGAGAAAGUUCAAAGGCUUUGCGUUCAUCGAGUUUGCCUCAGUUGAAGCUGUCGCACCAGUCCUCGAGGUGCUGAAAGCUCACAAGAAGACGGCGCCAUCCCCGGACGCGCCGCCGACCGCCGGCAUCUCGGGCAUGGCCAAGGCGCGCUGGGUCGCGCUGCGCGAUAGCCUCAAAGCACAGAUGGCCAUGGCACACACCGACACAUCGUCCUGCAGCGCGCUCCAGCACGCUGUCGAGAGUGCAUCGACGGCGCCGGCCCCCGACUUUUUCACUCGCGGCCUCCUUGUACAGCUCACAAACGUACCAGUGGACACGCCCCGGAAGGCGCUCAAGGCCGCACUCGAAGUUGCCGCGCCCGUCGCGUUUCUUGACGACACCAAGCUUCGCGCUGGCGGGUCCGUCGUUGUAGCGCGGUUCCUGUCGACAUCGCACUCGGCCAACGGUACAAGUCUCCAUCAACCAUGGCGACCAUCUUACGGCAUCUGA